UUCUGCAUAGGUAUAUAUACCUGUGCAAGAUGUGUACCUGCACCAUUAUUAGGACAGAAAUGGCCUCCUCUGAGGGAAACACUCCGGCCUAUAAGAUGACGUCUUUAGACCCUGAUAUCAACCAACACUUUCAGGAUGCAAUAGAUGUGAUCCAACAGCAUUCACACAAUGCAUACUACGAUCCAGAGUGCAAAUAUUUCGAGACGCUGAGCAGCCAGCCGUCGUCUCUGCAGGUUCAGAUGUCCUACCACGUCUUCGCACACCAAUCUGACAUCCCAGCUGUAGGCUACAACUGGAGCGAAAUGCCUCAGCACUCCUGGCCUCAGGCCAUCCCCGACGUCUCGUUGAGCCACUCGGUACAGAAUGAUUCGCCGCAUUUCUGCCCCAUCCUCCCACCGCAGAGGAACAGCAAAGGACGUAAGAAGCUCAGGUUGUACGAGUAUCUCCAUGAAGCCCUGAACGACCCCAGCAUGGGCGACUCGAUACAGUGGACGGACAGCAGCAGCGGUACGUUUCACUUCAUCUCCAAGAACAAAGAGAAGCUGGCUGAGUGCUGGGGCCAGCGCAAGGGCAACCGCAAGACCAUGACCUACCAGAAGAUGGCAAGAGCCCUGAGAAACUACAGCCGCACCGGCGAGAUUGUCAAAGUGCGCCGCAAGCUCACCUACCAGUUCAACCCGGACAUCCUGCACAGGCUCGGCUCGGUGCAGGUACCCAUGCACCUGCAGGGCCCGUCUGUGCAGGACGACGCCCACAGUCGGCAGGAAAGCUCGUCCGAGCAGAGCUAUCCCGGGUCGGCGGCGGACUGGCACGGCUGGUACGGACACUACCAGCUUCAGGAAGAUUACGACCUGGCGGCGAGCUUCAUCUCACACAGCUCAGCCAAACUGUGAGCCGACAGGCAGCAGAUCCUGAAAACGUUUCUCGUUUGGAGGGACUCUUUAAAAGACUCUCGUCUGCAUGUUGCAUCUAAAUGUUCUGUGGAUGGUCAGCUAAAAGAAGCACGCGAUGUGGUCCAGUUAUUUCAGCAGUUUCUGUAAAUAAUCUGUAAAUAUUGUCAAAAAUGAUGUUGAAAUUGAAGUAGAUUAUGUUCUCGUUUUGAUAUGCAUCCUUAUUUUGAAGCCUUUUUUAUCUGAGCUAUUUUGGUUCUACAUGAAGAAACACAUUUUUCUCUCAAAACUGUUUUGAUAACUGUAUAUUUUAUAUGAUAUGUUGUUUAUUUCCACAGUUAUACUAAUUUAAUAGUGGAAAACAGCUCUGUUCAUGCAAGUUAUUGAACACUGUAAAGCAUACAUUGUAUUAUUAUUGAGCUGACCUUUUAAAAUUUCCAGUGGCAUUUAAUAAAAUCAC